AUUCUGUAUAUUUUGUUUCUAAUAUGAUUGUUUUUUAUAUUUAUGUAGGGUUAAAGUACCUACAUUCUGGACGUAUCCUUCAUCGAGAUAUUAAACCUGGUAACCUGCUUGUCAACAGUAACUGUGUUCUCAAGAUUUGUGACUUUGGUUUGGCUCGAGUGGAGGAACCUGACGAGAAUCGUCACAUGACUCAGGAGGUUGUCACUCAGUACUACCGCUCACCUGAGUUGCUCAUGGGGGCCAAACACUAUACUUCGUCAGUUGACGUUUGGUCAGUUGGCUGUAUUUUUGCAGAACUUUUAGGUCGACGAAUUCUUUUUCAAGCUCAGACUCCUAUUCAACAACUGGAAUUGAUUACAGAUUUGUUAGGAACUCCAUGUUUGGAAGACAUGAAACAUGCAUGUGAAGGUGCUCGGAGCCACAUGUUGAGGAGGCCUCAAAAACCACCAUCACUUGCAGCUCUCUAUACUCUCUCGUCUCAAGCGACUCAUGAAGCUGUACACCUGCUAAGUCAAAUGCUUGUUUUCAACCCCGAUAAACGAAUCAGCUGUACCGAUGCUCUCUCCCAUCCGUACCUAGAUGAAGGUCGUCUCCGUUACCAUUCCUGUAUGUGCCGCUGUUGCCAUAGUACCCCCGCAGGUCGUCACUAUGUCUCAGACUUUGAACCAAUCAUAAUCCAGCCAUUUGAUGAUUACUAUGAAAAAGAAUUUUCUUCCAUCCACCAAGUAAAAGAACGCCUCCACAAGUUCAUACUGGAGCGAAGUGCUGGUUCCAACCGUGUCCCAUUGUGUAUAAAUCCACAUUCAGCUGCUUUCAAAAGUUUUGCUAGCUCAACCGUCGCUCACCCGUCGGAACUUCCUCCGUCACCUCAUCAGUGGGAGUAGACAUAGCAGCUAGGCCAUUCCAGUGUGUUAGUCCGGCCUUACAAGAAAGGAUGGCUUCAGAUCCAUCUUGGAAGCUGGGCAGCCUGAGAGAGAGACUACUACUACUACUACUUUGUUCCAGUGUGUUCACUAUGCAACUGUUACAUCACCCAUAACCAGGUUCCUAAUUUAUUGUUUCAUUGUUUUUACUAUACCUGAAUACAGUAGAAACUUUUUAAGUUUUCAAUUUUAUUUUAUUUUAUAAAUAAUUUUGUGACACCUUCUAUGAAGCUCAGAAAUUGUAACACAUAGGUGUUAUAGGUUCGUGGUUACGGUAAUGAGCAAAGUAAGAAAAAUAUAAGAACCUUGACAAUUUAUUGCGAGGGAAAUCGUUUUGUUUUGUUUUAAUUAUGCAAUGCAGAUAAUACUGUUCCAUAAAAUUGAUGAUUUUCUAACUUUAACAAACCCAGCAAACCUGCUUACUGAAAGAAACUCGUUUCUCAGCAAGCUUUUUCAUUCUGUAAUUUCUGGGUCUUUUCAACACCCGUAUAGUUAAACCUUAGUCUAAUACAUUACUUUUAAGAAAAUGAAAUGAGAAACAGUGUACGUUCACUGAAAACACAGAACAGAAGUAAAUUAUGCUUUAUUCUUUCUCUCGACAUAAAAAACAACAACUAGGAAGUAAUUUUCUUUCUCUGGAAACUUCUUCUUUACUGGUGAAUUCAUCAGUAUUAAAAUCCAUAUAAAGGUAGAUUACGGACUAUUUCUUGAGAUAUGAUCAUUGGUUUGAGUCUGUAGUUGAAAAGUUUGUGUAUUUUACUAAGUAUUGAUAUAUAUAUAUAAUUGUUUUAGUGAUAGUGAAGUGGUGACAGUGUUGUUGAAUUGGUUGUUACGUAACUGUAGCAAGGGUUUUCAUAACGCAAGCACUUUCUUGUCACUUCUUUUAUCAUAUAUGUAGUGUAUCAAAUAGGCCUAGGAGGCUUCACUUGUAAAUAUUUUUGUACUUGGGAUGGUUUGGAUUUAGAUUUCAUCAAAUGCAAAAAAAAAAAGAAAAGAAAAAAAAAGUGCCACAAAAUGCUUUGUAGUGGAUAUAGUACUGACCGUAUAUCUUCUUCGGGUCAAGUGUUUUUGUAGUAAAUGUUUUACAUUUACAUCAUCUACUUAAUUUUACAAUAAUUGUACACAUCUCAGAUUCUUGAUGUCUAAACCAAGAAAUUUAAACUCACCAGCGAUCAGUGUUUUCAUCAUCGGUGUUUCUUGGUUACAUAAUUAGUUCUGGGAUUUAUUUCAUAUUUGGAAAAGUUCGUUUACAAUUGUUUAUUACUUAGAAAAAUUUCUUUUAAAAUCAUAAACAGGAGGCUUUUUUUUUUAGAUAUAUAUAUAUAUAUUUAAUGCAGUUUUGUUGAUGAUAACUUUCCCAUUAAAAAAUUGAAAAUAAGCCAUUAUAUAUAUUUUUUUAAAACUGACAUUAUUACUAUAGUCAUGUAUAAGAUCUCGUUAGAUGUAAUUACUUAAUUAUUUGUUAGUGUUAUCUCACACUCUACAAAACUGUAACGGUAAGGGGGUUUUUUAGUUCAAAAUAAUAAUAGGAAGUAAAUUCAUAUCUCUUUGUUUUUUACUGUAAGCAUUAGCGUAAUUGGUAACUUGCACACCCCUCCUGGUCCUGGUUACAUCAUUCUCCAUAAGCAAUGCAAUAGAAAAUAACUGUACGAAAGGAAAAUUGAGUGCUACUGUAUUGUACGGUCUACAAAAAUCUUUACACUAUAGUGUAUGGUCUACAAAGAUAUUUACACUAUAGUGUAUGGUCUACAAAGAUAUUUACACUAUAGUGUACGGUCUACAAAUAUAUUUACACUAUAGUGUACGGUCUACAAAGAUAUUUACAAUAUAGUGUACAGUCUAUAAAGAUCUUUACACUAUAGUGUACGGUUUACAAAGAUAUUUACACUAUAGCGUGCAGUCUAUAAAGAUAUUUACACUAUAGCGUGCAGUCUACAAAGAUAUUUACGCUAUAGUGUACGGUCUACAAAGAUAUCUACACUAUAGUGUACGGUCUACAAAGAUAUUUACACUAUAGCGUACGGUCUACACAGAUACUAUUAUCAUCACCAUUUUAACUUUUGUUUAUUUGCAACUGUCACCAUUUAUUAUAAAUAAUGUU